AGUCUGAGGAGUGGGAGUUGGGACUGAACAUUCCGGCAUCAAUGCGCGAGGCGAUUAGUUGUCGUUUGGGCGAGUGAUCCGAUUCGGUUUUAUUUUCCUAUUCUUCUCAAAUCUAUUACUAUGCCAAACGUCGCUCCCUAUGCAGCAGCCGCCGCGACUGCUGUAGGAGUGCUAGGCGGCGCGUACUGCGCCUACCGACUGUAUCAGCAUCAAUCGCAAUCUAGGAUCCCAGAACAGUGGACCCAGGUCGGCACACUGAAGGACAUCUACGUGUACCCCGUCAAGUCCUGUCAACCGGUGAAAAUUGACCAAGUCGAGUGCACAAUUUUAGGGCUGAAGACCGGAUGGCUGAGGGACAGGGUUUUAAUGGUGAUAGAUGACGCAAACAACUUUAUUACGGCGAGAGCCUUUCCUGAACUUUAUUUAGUGAAACCUACAAUCAAUAAUUCCGUACUUACCCUAAGCCGCGAUGGAGCUGAUUCCAUAGAUGUGGAUUUAGCAGAGGUGAUCGCAAAUCAGAAAUCCAAAACUGCAACCGUUUGGGGAAUUGAAGUGCUGGUAUACGACUGUGGAGACGAUGCCAGUGCAUGGUUUACCAAGUAAUAAGUAUUACCUAUUUUCAUAUUUUU